CGACGCAAGUGGGGGAUGGCGGACACGUUGGGACCUGCUGCGUCGUGGAAGAGCCUCCAUGACCGGUUCUACUCCAAGGAAGAGGUGUAUGAGAUGAUGUGGGACUCAGAGAGCAUCAACCUGGCUAACUACAUUGUCGCUGCAGCCCCGUAUGGUGGGCCCAUUGCGCUGUACCGCGACAAGACCAAGCUGCAGGAGGCGAGCCGUGGGCGCGGCGACCUCAUUUCGGUGUACACGUCUGCUGGGCGGCUGAUGGCGCAGAUCGACCCGCGCGCGACGUCGACGACGUCAUCGCAGGUGGUGACGAUGGGGUGGACGGCGUCGGCGCAUCUUGUGGUUGUGCACGAGGACGGAGUGGUCAACGUGUACGAUGUGCACGGCUCGUUUGUGGCCACGUUUACGGCGGCGCCGGACGCAAUGGCUGAGGGCGUGUUUGACGCCAAGGUGUGGGCCGGCGGCCUCGUGGUGCUGACGACGUCGUUCCAGAUGUACGCUGUCGAGUUUCGCGACGAGACGUUUGCGGCGAUCCGGCCAAAGAAGCUUGCGGAUCCCGAGCUUACCGAGGCGCCGUGGUCGUGGGCGGUCAUUCCGCCGGAGCAGGCGCUGUCGCGGUCUGUCGAGGUGCUCCUUGCGACGAAGCGGACGGUGUACGCGGUCGACGCGUCGCUGGCGCAGGACCAGGUGGUGAGCGAGGGGCCGUACGUGCGGAUGGCGCUCUCGCCGUCAGGCAAGUUUGUGGCGUUGUACAACGCAGCGGGCACGCUCUACGUUCACACGGUUGACUUUGACAAGAACCUCUCGGAGCUCGACACCAAGAAGGGCGACCUGCCGCCGGACCAGCUGGUGUGGUGCGGGACGGACUCUGUGAUCAUGUACUGGAACAAGGUACUUUUCAUGGUGGGUCCUUUCAGCGACUACGUCAACUACUACGAGGACUCUGCGGCUGCGGUCAUUACCGAGACCGACGGGGUGCGGAUCAUCACGUCUGAGCGGUGCCAGCUGCUGCGGCGGGUUCCGAACUCUGUACAGUCGAUCUUUGCACUGGGCGGGACCGAGCCGCCGGCGCUCCUGUACGACGCGUUGGAGCACUACCAGAAUAACUCGCCCAAGGCAUACGACUCGAUUUCGCUUGUGCGUGACUCGCUUGUCGAUGCGGUGGAGGCCUGCAUCGACGCCGCAGGCCACAUGUUUGAGCCGCGGCUGCAGCGCAAGCUGCUGCAGGCGGCCUCGUUUGGCAAGUGCUUUCUGGAGAUGUACGACCCGACCAAGUUUGUGGAGAUGGCGCGGAAUCUGCGGGUGCUCAACGCGGUCCGCUUCUACGAGGUCGGCAUGCCGCUGACGUAUGCGCAGUACCUCGAGCUCACGCCGCAGGUUCUCAUCAACCGGCUCGUCAACCGGCAUCACCACCUGCUCGCAUACCGCAUCUGCGAGUUUCUGGAGCUCCCGACGGACCGGGUCCUUGUCCACUGGGCGUGCGCCAAGAUUGUGCGCGGGAUGGGAACCGACCACGAGCUGUGCCAGGCCAUUGUGGAGAAGCUGGCGCCGGUCAAGGGCAUCUCGUAUGUGGAGAUUGCCGAGACUGCGUUCCGGCGCGGACACACCGAGCUCGCGACGUCUCUGCUCGAGUACGAGCCGCGGCCAGCGCAGCAGGUCCCGCUCCUCAUGACAAUGCGUGAGAACGAGCUGGCGCUGACCAAGGCCAUAUACUCGGGCGACACCGACCUGGUGUAUCUGGUCCUCCUAGAGCUCAAGCAAAACAGCUCGAUGGAGUCCCUGUUCCGCGUUGUUGCCGGCAAGCCGCUUGCCGCCGACCUCCUCGCGACCUACUGCAAGUCGCAGGAUUUGGAGAUGCUCAAGGACUUUCACUACCAGGCCGACGAGGGUCACGAGUCGGCCAACAUCAUGGUCCGCGAGGCGUACGCCGCCCCGACCGCCUCGGAGCGCGACCGCCUCCUCCGCCAGGCUAUCACCUUUUACGCCGAGUCGCGCGAGUCGGUCUUUGAAGCCAACGCCACCAAGGAGCAACUCAAUCUGCUGGCGUUCCAGACCGACAUGCAGCGGCAGAACCCAGGCCACACCUUUGUCAACCUCUCGCUCUCGUCCACCAUCUACGAGCUUGUGGUCAUCGGCCUGGUCAAGGACGCCGACAAGCUGCGUAAGCAUUUUAAGGUGCCGGACAAGCGCUACUCGUGGCUCAUGGUCCGUGGUCUCGCCGCAGCCUCCAACUGGACCGAACUCGAGAAGUUUGCCUCAAAGAGCAAGAAGUCACCCAUCGGCUUUGAGCCGUUCGCGCAGGUCUGCAUCGACGGCCACGUUCCGCGCGAGGCUGCCAAGUACAUCCCGCGCAUUCCGUCGCACGAUACCAAGGCCAAGCUCUGGGCCGAGAUCGGUGACUUUGCCUCGGCCGCCGAUGAGGCCUUUCAGGCCGAGAACGUCGACAUGCUCAUCGAGCUUGAGCGCCGUGCGAGUCCUGACGUGGCCUCGCGCAUCCGCACCCAUCUGGCCAAGUUCCGUUAGUUCGUCGACGGCACCUUUCGCUAAACUCAAUGCAGUAGCCUA